UCCAGAGGCAGUUGGAUUUUUGUCAGCUGUUGGGGUGUUUAUUAUCUUGAUGCUGCUCCUUUUUCUCUAUAUUAAUAAGAAGUUCUGUUUUGAAAAUGUUGGCGGGUUUCCAGAUCUUGGUUCAGGAUACAGUACAAGGAAGAACUCACAAGAUAAAAUUUAUAAUUCCUACAUGGACAAAGAUGAGCACGGUUCAUCCUCUGAAAGUGAAGACGAAGCGCUGGGUAAAUACCAUGAGGCCUUGUCCAGAACACACAAUUCCAGACUUCCGUUGGCAGAUUCGAGACAAAAGAACUAUGCUUGGGAAACAAGACAGAAGUACAGUCCUCUGUCUGCGGAGUAUGACGGCUACAGUAGUGAGGCAUCGAUAGAUGAAGGAAACUGCAUUCAGAGAAUGAGAAGAACACCCCCACUGGAUGAAUUGCAGCCACCACCAUAUCAGGAUGACAGUGGUUCUCCCCAUCUCUCAUGUACGCCCUCAGAAAUUGGGGACAGUAAAUGUGAAUUUUCCCACUGCAGCAACAGUCCACGAUGCUCAUAUAACAAGUGCCCAAGUGAAGGAAGCACAGGUCACGAAAUAGAAAGUUUUCAUAAUAAAGGAUAUGAAGAAGACGUUCCAAGUGACAGCACUGCAGUCCUGAGCCCAGAAGAUAUGUCAGCUCAAGGAUCAUCUUCACAGCUUCCCAAACCUUUUGAUCCUGAGCCAGAAGCUAAAUAUGGCACACUGGAUGUGACUUUUGACUAUGACUCACAAGAACAGAAGCUUCUGGUAACAGUGACAGCUGUCACCGAUAUCCCAACAUAUAACAGGACAGGUGGCAACUCAUGGCAAGUACACCUUGUUCUUCUACCUAUAAAGAAGCAGAGAGCAAAAACCAGCAUCCAGAGAGGACCAUGCCCUGUCUUCACAGAGACAUUCAAGUUCAAUCAUGUUGAAUCCGAGAUGAUUGGAAAUUACGCAGUUCGGUUUAGACUGUAUGGUGUGCACCGUAUGAAAAAGGAAAAGAUUGUGGGGGAAAAGAUUUUUUAUUUGACGAAAUUGAAUCUUCAAGGGAAAAUGUCACUACCUGUGAUAUUGGAACCUUCUUACAAUCAUUCUGGCUGUGACUCCCAAAUGAGCAUGUCAGAAAUGUCCUGUAGCGAAAGUACAUCCUCAUGCCAGUCUCUUGAACAUGGCUCCGUUCCAGAAAUCCUCAUUGGCCUGCUUUACAAUGCCACAACUGGCAGACUAUCAGCAGAAGUGAUAAAAGGCAGCCACUUCAAAAACUUGGCAGCAAACAGACCACCCAAUACGUAUGUUAAAUUAACUCUCCUGAAUUCCAUGGGUCAAGAGAUGUCCAAAUGCAAGACAUCCAUCCGCAGAGGGCAGCCUAAUCCAGUAUACAAGGAAACAUUUGUUUUUCAAGUGGCCCUGUUUCAACUUUCUGAUGUGACACUCAUACUGUCUGUGUAUAACAAACGCAGCAUGAAAAGGAAAGAGAUGAUAGGCUGGAUUUCUUUAGGUCUGAACAGCUCUGGAGAAGAGGAGCUCAAUCACUGGACUGAAAUGAAAGAGUCGAAGGGACAGCAAGUGUGUAGAUGGCAUGCGUUACUAGAGUCAUGAUGAAUAGGAUAAACAAGCAAUUACAGUCCAAGGCAGCAUUAUUUCUGAUUGCAGCAUUGCUGUUUUUACCUAGUCACCAUUAGAAGAGCUGUUCUUUGAAGCGUCAUCCUCAACCUUCUACCAGAAUGCUUUAAAUUGUGUGGAAAGAGCGUCUAAUCCUGACAUAAAGGAAGAAAAGAUGUGUCUCUGGUAGAGCUUGUUUGGGAAAUGAGAAACUUACAUCAUCACAGUUAACAGUUCUCCAGAGUUUUAAGAACAUGCUUUUGGUUUGAAGUUAAUUUCACUUUAGCAAAGAGCCAGGACUUUCAUGAAAAAUCAAAAUUGUAACCGAUUUUUUAAAAUCAGAAUCCUUAGUUGCAACACUGUUGUA